UAACCUGUUUCUACUCGCAAGUAUGCAGAUGGAAGUGUGUUCACCUCAGCCAAGCUGCUCUGAAGCUGCUGCAGCCUGUAGCAAGAAUUAGGCCUCCCAGAAGCAUGCAGCCACCAUUCCUCUGUACAUAGCUGCCGAGAUGGCCAGCUUUGUGGGUGCCUCUCAGGCUGGCAGCACCUGUCCUGAAGCCUGGAGCAUUGUCUCGUCUGUUGAACAGCGUAGUCUGCAAGAGAAGAUGAGGUGAUCGCUCUGAAGCUGGCCUAGUAUUUCAUUGCCUUCAUGCCCCUGCGAAGGGAAGCAGCCCAAAUGUUGCAGAAGCCGGCCUUGCUGUCAGUGACAAUGGAGAGGAACUGCAGACAAGGUUUUCCCUCAACAAGCUGAUGACAGAAUAAUUUCUCCAGGUUGAUUGUUUGCCCCAUAUGGACCUCUGGAGAUCUUCAUACAGUGGAAAGAAGGAGAUCAAAAGGCUGCAAGAAAAAAAAGAGGCUCAGAGCGUUUUCUGAAAAAGUUCUGCAAGGCAGAGAAGUUCAACACUUGAUCACAUGCAGGAGCACAGGAUAGAUGGAGUACAGCUGACUCAACAGCUACAGGGAAUUUGGGUUUUGCAAUGGAACAGGUAUGGUUACUGCUCCUGCUGACAGUUAAAGUGCUUUCAGUGACUGCUCAGUUCAAUGGAUACAACUGUGAUGCUAACCUCCAUAGCAGGUUUCCUGCUGAACGAGACAUCAAUGUUUUCUGUGGAGUACAGACAAUUACUAUGAAGAUAAAUUUUUGCACGGUUCUUUUUUCUGGUUAUUCUGAAACAGAUUUGGCACUGAAUGGGAAACAUGGGGACGCUCACUGCAGGGGGUUCAUCAAUAACAACACCUUUCCAGCAGUGGUCAUUUUCAUCAUCAAUCUGAGUACUUUGGAGUCCUGCGGAAACACUUUAGUGGUAUCCUCAGCACGAGGUGUCAAUGCCUAUGGGAAUACCUCAGUGGUACAGAUAGGUAAUGUUUCAGGCUAUAUAGAUACGCCAGACCCACCAACGAUUAUCAGCUAUUUGCCUGGGCUUCUGUACAAAUUUAGCUGUAGCUAUCCACUGGAGUACUUGGUUAACAAUACCCAGCUUGCUUCGUCAUCAGCUGCUAUUUCUGUGAGAGAGAACAAUGGCACAUUUAUCAGCACUUUGAAUUUGUUGCUUUACAAUGAUUCAACCUACAGCCAGCAGCUCCUUAUCCCAAGUACGGGUUUACCUUUGAAAACCAAAAUAUAUGCAGCUGUGAGAGCAACCAACCUUGAUGGCAGGUGGAAUGUUUUGAUGGACUACUGUUACACCACACCAUCUGGUAAUCCUAGCGAUGAUCUUCGAUAUGAUCUUUUUUUGAGCUGUGACAAGGACCCACAGACCACCAUAAUUGAAAAUGGCAAGAGCCAAAUGGGCCGGUUUUCCUUUGAGGUGUUCCGUUUUGUGAAGCACAAGAACCAGAAGAUGUCUACAGUCUUCCUUCACUGUGUGACAAAGCUGUGCAGAGCAGAUGACUGUCCCUUUCUUGUGCCAAUCUGCAGUAACAGAGAAAGAAGAGAUGCCAACAGGAGAACAACUGGCAGCCCUCAGAGCACCUCUGGCAAUGCUGUAAUCUCUGCCGGCCCCAUCAUUACAAGGAGCGAUGAGACACCAACCAACAAUUCACAGCUUGCUAAUCCAAAUGGACCUCCUUUCCAGCUGAACUCAGUCACCAGCACACUGAUUUCAAGUGUGGUUAUCCUAGGAAUCACAAGCAUUUUCUUUUUCAUAUGUUCCUUAACUCUUCUGCGCAGAAAGUGGCCCAACACCUCGGUUUUGAAUGGCAUCCGAAACCCAGUUUUCAACUGAAAGUGGUGAUUUACAUGCACUUUGGAGUUGCCUUUCUUGUCCAUAAAAUAUACUUCCAUUAAAAAAUAACAAGGCAACAUUCUGGCUAUAUCCAGCUUCCAUUCUAGAUAUUCUUUACUUUUAGACUUGCUAGACAUUAUUGUAUAGAUAAGCAGCAGUGAUAUUGGUAACAAUUCUAGGAAAUUAUGAAAAUUUCAAUUGUUUGUGAUCAGACUAUACGACAUUAUGCCCAUGGGUGUACUGACAAUAAAAUUUGUGUCUCCAGCUUCUCAGUAAGGUAUUAAAGCUGAAGAUGCUUAAGAUGAGAACUUUUCCAACUAUGCCAUUCUUAUGCAAAACCUGACACAGUCGGAAGCAUUUAUAAGUUCAUACACGCUUAGUAAGAUAAGGGCCACUUCUGUUUUGUCACAUUUUGCACCACAAAUUUGAAAAACGACUGUGGCUCAGGAGGAACUUUUCUCCUCUAUAUUAGCUAAAGAGAACCACAGAGAGACUCAGUAUAAUGAGUGACUUUUGCUUAUUACUCAUUUGGAAAUCUUUUCUUUUGGUAUGUCUUCCACUGAAUUCUGGUUAUAGCCCAUAAGGUAAUGCAGGGCAGAAUUUGGCUGGGUAUCCUUCUGAAUCAAGUGGUUUAAGAUGAAUUGCACUUGGUCCCAGGGAACCAUGCUGCAGUUUUCAUGGAAGUGGAAAAACUUUUCCACCAAAAUCAUCGAGUGAGAAUGUGAAUGAGAGCUUUAAACCUAACUAAAGUUCAGCAUAAAGUUAGUUCUGCACACAAUCAAAACUACUGUAGCUUCUAGUUAAAUUCUAACCCUGUGAGUUGUUCCAAGGGGAAGAAAAGAGAAAGCUCCCUUUUUUUCCCCCUCUCCUUGAGCAAAUAAUACAAACAAAUAAUAAUAAAACCUUCCUCAUUCAGAAUUAUUUUUGGAGCCCAGUUCAGCAGUUAAUUUGAGUAAAACUCACAUCCUCAUUUGCAAGGGCCAGUUUUCUGCAUGAGUUUCACAGUUCUCAGAUAAUGCUUUCCAUUAUCUACAUAAAGAGUUGUAGAUCAACACUUCAGCAGAUAUUCCCCAUGGAAUAUCUUCACUACAUGGAUGAGGGGAAGAGGGCAACUAGAAGAAUAACAGGCUACCAGCAUUACUAUACUGUUGACUAACUAAUCUGAUAAACCUCAGACGUACCUGAAUUGAGUGAGUGACCAUGUCCAUUCAAACAGGAGCAAAGGGUAGUGGUGAAGCUGCUUGGAAUAGACAAAAAACCUGGUACUAGGGAAGCCACAGUAGACACAACAUACAUUAAGCUGGACUGGAUAGGCAGUUGGGAUUUUGGUCACAAAUUCAGCAGUUGAUUCAGAAUUCCAUUUUCAUGUACUGUACAUAGUGGUCUAGAAACACCUCAUUGAUAUUUUUCAUUACCCUGUGUUAAUCAUGUCUGUGUUUUUGUUCGUGUGAUACAACUGGCUAAUGAUCAGGGCGCUUUGGCUCUCCAGACUAAAGAUGAAUACUCUGUUCUCAGUUUUCUCUGAUCCUGAAAAUGCUGUAUAAAUGCCUGUUGUUCACAGAAUGUCCACUCUACCACUAGUGUGGUACCCCUAACAACCAAUACUGUGCCUGUUUUCCUCCAGUCUUAAUACCUCAGAAACAUUUUUUGCACUUCAGGGUUUAGGUCUGAUGACAUGUAAAACCUGAUUGUUUAAUAAAAUUAUUUGAAACAUUUCAGAA